GGACAAGUGGGAUAAUGCGAUGUAGAUUUGCUAAGAUCUUUCAGUAUCUCUUCUUCAAUCUUUUACUAGAUUUCUUCCUUUACUAUAUCUACUACUCCCACAUGACCAAAUAGAACCAUCCUUUUAAUAUUCGCUUUUACUACCUUUUUCUUACUUGGAUUCUAUUUUGAAACAGAGACCCAAUAUUUGUAUUUUUGGUAAUAGAAAUGGAGAAAAUGGCAAAUGAGUUGCAUGUUCUUGCUGUGGAUGAUAGCCAUGUUGAUAGGAAGGUUAUUGAGCGAUUGCUGAAGAUUUCUUCUUGUAAAGUUACGGCGGUGGAAAGUGGAAGGAGAGCUCUGCAAUAUUUGGGUUUAGACGGAGAGAAGACUUCUGUGGGAAUUGAUGGUUUGAAGGUAAAUCUGAUAUUGACAGACUAUUCUAUGCCUGGGAUGACUGGAUAUGAACUUCUCAAAAAAAUUAAGGAAUCAUCGGCAUUGAGCAAGAUCCCCGUUGUUAUUAUGUCAUCGGAAAAGAUUUUACCUCGCAUUGAUAGAUGUUUGGAGGAAGGGGCUGAAGAAUUUCUGCUGAAGCCUGUUAAGCUCUCUGAUGUAAAGCGUCUCAGAGACUUCAUACUGAGAGGCGAGGGAGAUAACGAAGAAACAGAGAAGAAGAUCAAAGAAGGAAGUUCAAGGAAGAGAAAAUUUCAUGAGGAUUCAUCGACACAAUCAAUGCCAUCUUCUUUAGUAACAGGCCAUGAUAUACAAUCAAAACCAGAAUCUUCAGCAGCAUCAGUAUCUCAGCAGCCUCUACCAAAGCAACCCAAGAUCGGGUAACAGAGGAUAGGUUAUGAAUUAUGAUACAUAAUCUUUUGACACCCUAUGAUUAUGAACUUUCUUUUGUGUGUAUACUAUCUCAUAGUUGUACAUGUUUAGCACCUCCAUUUUGGGCCUUUUUUUGGAAGAGAAGUGAGCUCUAUAGAAAAAGUUGGUAAAUUCACAUGAUUUCCUAUUUGUUA